AACAAACAGGCCCCUAGAUUUUAUAUGCCCGCCCUAAUGAAAUUGCAUUAGGGCUCAGGAGAGGGUGGUACUUAUCCACCGCUUUGCUUUGGCCUUUGGCUUGCUUGGCCCCUCCCUCUCAUUCCUUUUGCUCAGCUCACGGGUCCCUCUCGCCCGUCUUCCUCGUAGUUCACUUCUCUUUUACCACCACUGCCUCCAUCUCCAUGUCGUCGCUCGGACAAGGGUAGUGGUGCCGCAGUAGCAGUAGAGCUCAGCUCAGAGUGAAAGCGAAGCAAGAAGCGUUUUCGUCUGUGUUUGUUUGUUGAUGAGAGCGAUGGCCAGCGGCGGCAACUGGUUAGGCUUCUCCCUCUCCCCGCACAUGGCCAUGGAGGUGCCCUCCUCCUCUGAGCCCGACCACGCUCAGCCUGCUAGCGCUAGCGCUAUGUCCGCUUCUCCCACCAACGCCGCCACCUGCAACCUCCUCUUCUCCCCUCCCUCGCAAAUGGCCGCUCCACCUCCUGGCUACUACUACGUCGGCGGGGCCUACGGGGAUGGCACCAGCACCGCCGGCGUUUACUACUCCCACCACCCCGUCAUGCCCAUCACGUCCGAUGGAUCCCUGUGCAUCAUGGAAGGGAUGAUGCCGUCGUCCUCGCCGAAGCUCGAGGACUUCUUGGGUGGCGGCAAUGGCAGUGCGCACGACGCGGUCACCUACUACAGCCACCACCAGCAGCAGCAGCAGGACCAACAGGACCAGGAGGUAAGCAGAAUCUACCAGCACCAUCAGCAGCAGCUAGCGCCCUACAACUUCCAGCACUUGACGGAGGCAGAGGCGAUCUACCAAGAGGCCACGGCGCCGACGGAUGAGGCAAUGGCCGCUGCCAAGAACCUGCUCGUGACGAGCUAUGGCUCAUGCUACAGCAACGCGGGGAUGCAGCCGCUGAGCCUGUCCAUGAGCCCCAGGUCCCAGUCCAGCAGCUGCGUCAGCGCAGCUCCUCAGCAGCAUCAGAUGGCUGCGGUUGCUGCUGCGGCUGCUGCCUCUAUGGUUGCUUCCCAGGGAGGCAGUAAUGGUGGUGGGGAGCAGUGCGUGGGGAAGAAGAGGGGCACUGGGAAGGGAGGCCAGAAGCAGCCCGUUCAUCGCAAGUCCAUCGACACGUUUGGGCAGAGGACCUCCCAGUAUAGGGGCGUCACCAGCAGGCACAGGUGGACUGGGAGAUAUGAAGCCCACCUGUGGGACAACAGUUGCAAGAAGGAUGGGCAGACAAGGAAAGGGAGGCAAGUUUAUCUAGGUGGUUAUGACAAUGAAGACAAGGCUGCCAGGGCUUAUGAUCUGGCUGCUCUGAAAUAUUGGGGGCCAUCGACGAACACCAAUUUCCCGCUAGAAAAUUAUCGAGAGGAGGUCGAGGAGAUGAAAAGCAUGACAAGACAGGAAUUCGUUGCACACUUGAGAAGGAGAAGCAGCGGGUUUUCUCGUGGUGCUUCGAUAUAUCGAGGAGUAACGAGGCAUCAUCAGCAUGGAAGAUGGCAAGCUAGGAUUGGCAGGGUUGCUGGCAACAAAGACUUGUAUCUCGGCACUUUCACCACUCAGGAAGAAGCAGCUGAGGCCUACGACGUAGCGGCGAUCAAGUUCCGUGGCCUGAACGCCGUGACCAACUUCGACAUAACCAGAUACGACGUGGACAAGAUCAUGGAGAGCAGCUCUCUGCUGCCCGGGGACGAAGCGCGCAAGGUCAGGCCGAUCGAGGCAGCCAGCCACGUGUCUCCCAUGCACAACGGCGGCGGGGAGCUCAGCCAUGCCGAAGAAGGAAGCUCCGGCGUCUGGAGGAUGGUGCUCCAUGGAACACCGCAGCAAGCUGCGCCGUGCACCCCCGAGGUGGCCGACCUUCAGAAGGGCUUCAUGGACGGCGACCCUCGCUCGUCCCUGCAUGGCAAUGGCAUUGCCGGGUUCGACGUGGAGUCUGCGGCGCAUGACAUCGACGUCUCAGGCAAGAUCAACUACUCCAACUCGUCUUCCCUGGUGACCAGCCUCAGCAACUCGAGAGAGGGGAGCCCCGAGAGGUUCAGCCUACCCUCGCUGUACGCCAAGCAUCCCAACGCCGUCAGCCUCGCCAGCAUGAGCCCGUGGAUGGCGAUGCCGGCGCCGACCGCCGCCCACACGUUGAGGGGACCGAAUUCCUCCAUCCCUUCUAUGCCUGUGUUUGCUGCCUGGACGGACGCAUAGCCGUGUUGCAGCUGCUCAAAUCUUGCUGUCACUGGCCAUGUUGUAGUAAACUGGAGCUGGAUUAGUAGCGUCGUUGCUCAUGUCGCUUAAGUUUAAUCUGGGAAGGCUGGUUAAUUGGUUAUCACGAAGGCGGUGUAGUGGUAGUGGUAGUGGUACGUAGGAGAAGCAUGCAUUAGUCUCUAGCUCACCGAACUUGUAGCAGUACGUAGUGUUCUUACUUACUUUCUUUUGAGCCUAUAACAAUGCAUGGAAGGAGGCUGUCCCAAGAAAA